ACUUUAACCGGCUAACAAUGUUUCUGCGGGGAAUGUGAUUCUGAAUGAAGGUGAAAAGCGCUGAAUCAAAAUAAUGUUGAACAAAAAUGACUAGAUGAUCAGUGGAUACCUAUUUCAUGAAUGGUUGCUUCUUCUGACCAAUUGAACAUAAGCAUGUCUGGCGCCAAUCAUGAUAAACUAAAGCCAAGGUUAAAAGAGAGUUUGAUUUAUAACUAAAUUACGUUGUUAGUGCUGUGUGUUUGUUUUAUUUGCUUCGGAGAGAACAAGACAGGACGGAGAAUCAACUUUAUUAAAAAAAUCAUUAUCAGUGGUUUCCAGUAUGCUGACAGACCUAAGUCUUCUGAACUACAGAAGUAUGCAAGAUUUUUAUAAAAAAUGCACCAAUUUCUGAUAAAUUUUCAGCACCGCGGUUGCAGUUAAGAAACUGGCUCUCAGCGUAUGCUAGUGGAUUGUUAUUAAAUAUAUGUCUUAAAAAAGUUGAAUUCCAAGAGGUUCAAGAAACAAACGCAAUGGCAAAACUAAAGUGUCCAACUAUAAACCGAGCUCUUUUUCCGCUCAAAAUUGUUUUAUUCUGCUGGUAUGGAGCUUCCUCAUCUCUCAUUCCUUAUAUGACAAUCCACAUGAAAGAAUUAGGAAUUACUGUAGAGGAAACAGCAAUAAUUUAUACCUUCCUACCAGUUACUCAGUUAGUAUGUACUCCUCUUGCUGGUAUGAUAGCAGACAAGCUUGGACGUUAUAAAGAUGUUCUUAUGUUAUCGGUAUUAUCAUCAGUGGCGUUUGCAACAGCUAUACUAUUUGUUCCUCCAGCUCCUGAUCCAAGAGUAGAACAUCCAGACAUUGAUCUCCAUUGUGGACCUGUUAUUUUACCUCAUGUUGUGGUAGAGAAAUGUUGGGGAGGGCCAUGUGAUGUUUUUCAUACAAAUCAAACGAAUCCUAUGCAACUGUUGGGCUGUAGUGUAUAUUGUCCUGGAAUUAUCAAUUCAGAAUAUAUGCAAGUGGAUACCUUAUGUAAUAACAAGACUCAAGGCUAUUGUUUUAUGGCUAAUGACUUAAAAUAUCCUCUACGUGAGAGCAAUUAUACAUUAAGAAUGAAAUUUCGCCAACCCUAUCCUGAGAGAUCAACUUGUUUAUAUCCUGUGUCUGGAGUGACACCAAUACAUCCAGAUGAUAUGUUCUCGGAACAAAAUAUUAUUCGUAGUGCGUGUCCUGUGGUUGUGAAUAAAGCCGCGGGAAAUUGUACUAUAAAAUGUUCUUUCAAGCAACUGCCUGAUGAUGAUAAUGGAACUUUUCCACAUAUUAAUCGCUGUGUAAGAACUAUAGGAAAUAGAGUACUGACGUUUUGGUUAUACUUCUUCCUCCGCAUUUUAUUUAAUAUAUUCGCCUCCAUAUGCCUAACUUUGCUAGAUGCUACUGCUUUAGCCAUGAUUGGAGCCCAUGGAGGACAAUAUGGUAGACAAAGAUUUUGGGCUAUUCUUGCUCAAGCAGUGUUCUCACCAGUUACUGGAUUUCUCGUCGAUUUAUUAAGUGAGCACCGAGGAUACAUGGACUAUUCUCCAGCAUUUCAUUUUUAUAAUGUUCUUGCCGUAUGUACUGCUAUUGCAGUCUGGAUGAUGAGCGUUGAUGUACCACCACCAGCAGAAAAUGUGUUAAAAAAUUUUAGAAAGCUUUUAAAAGUGCCACCAGUAAUUGCCCUCAUGAUUGUAGUUUUUUGGCUUGGAGGUAUGUGGGGAUUCGUAGAAUCAUUUUUAUUCUGGUACCUUAUGGAUCUAGGAAGUCCGAAUUUUCUACUUGGAUUGACUUUAACGACAGGUGCCAUUGUAGGAUUACCAUUUUUGUACGAAUCCGACUGGUUCGUUAGAAAGGCUGGACAGGUUAAUCUGCUUCUUUUAGCUUUAUUCUUCUACUUCGUUCGUUUCUUUGGCUAUUCCUAUAUUCAUAACCCUUGGUGGUGCAUUCCUUUUGAGGCAAUGGAAGCUUUUACUUACCAUCUGAUGUGGGUUGCCGCUGCUACAUAUGGUGCAGAACUUGCUCCUCAAGGUCUUCUAGCUACUAUUCAAGGCUGUGUUGGAGGAUUUCAUUAUGGUGUUGGUCGAGGAUCGGGAAGUUUUGCUGGAGGUACGAUGAUGAGUCAGUUCGGAGCCCGUUUAGCAUUCAGGGUGAUGGGAAUAUCGGCUGGUGCUAUGCUAAUAGUUUAUGCAGUUGUGUACUACGGAUACCUACGCAAGCGAGAGAUUAGACUGAGAAAAAAAGCAGCUGUAGUUCCUGAAGUUGAACUGAAUAGUAGCAAUAUUGUUACAAAUAAUAUAACUGAUGUUAAUUGUGUAAAUGCUGUGACUUCAAAUGCUGUAACUUCAAAUCAAGAUAUGAGUAAUCAAGGCACAGCGACAGUGGGAAAUCAUUUCAAGCAUGAAGAAGAUACGGUGAAUGAGGAGAGUAAUGAAGAAAGAAUUCCUGCCGAAGCUUCAAGAUAGCUCUUCUUGAUAAGAAGAAUUGGGUUCUUAUUUUUAUAACUGGAGAAAAAAUUCAAAGAAGUUGCAAAAAUAUUUUAUGAAAGAGGAAUUCUGAUACACUUUUCUUUAAAUAAUUUUAAUGGUCUUUUGAGGAUAUUUCAUAUUAUAGCUGAAUACCAAAUUGCAACAUGCUUUGAAAAAGAAACAAAAGGUUAAUGCAACGAACGUUUUUACUGGUAAACCUGGUAACGAAAGGCUGAAGACUGCAUUAGACUCUUAUACGACUAGUUGCAACUUGCUCGAUUCAUAGCUUUUCAAAUACUCUGAGAUUGUCUGUUGCUCACUAAAGAUUGUAACAAGCAUAUUUUUACAUCUGCAUGAAAGAAUAUUACAGCAACAGCAUACCCAAGGGGCAAAUUACGUAAGCUAUGGUAUUUUUAAUCUAUAAUUUUAUGAAUGUCCUGCUGUAAUGCUAUAAUAUUUCAUUUCAUGCAAUCUCGAUAAGUUAAGAAGCAUUUCAAGAUACAUUAAAAAGUGUUCUGUAUUAUCAAUGGAACUGUUAAUGACCAGGAAAUGCAUGUGCUAGCAUGAAAAUAACACAUACAAAAAUACUUGAGUUUUAACAAUUUAAAUACUUCUGAAACAUCCGUGACCUUUAUCUGUUUACAGUUUUAGCUAUUGACUGAAAUUGUUCUCCAUGAGUUUAAAGAUACUCAUCACUCAAAUGGAUACAUUAUGUGCACUGUAUAUAAUAGUUUUAUUUUAUAAAUAUAUUAACAUAUUAAUUCAGAAGUCAAACAACAAAAAUCAGCGUUAUUUACAAAGUUUUCACAGCGAUUAUUAAAAAUCGCUGUGAUUAUUACAAAUCGCUGUGAUUAUCACAGCGAUUAUUACAAAUCAGCGUUAUUACAAAGUUUUUCAAAAAUCAGCGUUACUGUGAAAACUUUGUAAAUAACGCUGAUUUUUGUUGUUUGACUUCUGAAUUAAUAUUUAUUCGGCGUGCUAUUGUGUCUUAAUAUUAACAUAUAUUUUUUCUGUCAAAAAUAACAACUUCUACCAUAUUUUUCAAUAAACCAUGAGCACCUUGGCAAUUUUCAUCCGGCUGUCAGAUCGAUAUCAUGUUCAUUACUUGCAGCUAUUUGAAUGAGAACGUAUGCAUCAAAUGACUGUAUCCUCUGGCUCUAUUCCUGAACUUGGAAUAUUAGGCAGAUGAUUAUGGUUUAUUUAUUAUACUCGAAAACUUAAAAUGACUGAUAAUUGUCUAUUGAGACUCUGAUUUAAAACUAAUAAAAUUUAAUCUAAUAUAAGUAAAGUAUAUAAGAAUAUAAACUUUGUUUUAGAAUUAAAUGCUAUGUAUGAAAGGUAAACUUUUAAUAAAAGGAAUCGUUAUACAUUCUGAA